AGUUCCUGCAUUUUGGCCUAGACUCUUCCGCCACAGCUGGCCACUUCUGCCUUUGGAACGUGUUUCACAAUGCCUCCUGUGUGUGAGGACAGCCUAGAUCAGCUGAGGAUGGAGAGGAGGGCGUGGGCUUACAUAGUGACACGCACUGGCACUCAGAGAGGAGGCAUGAGCUGAGUAUAGGCUCAGCAUCCCAUUCGCGCGCGGAGAGCGCCUGCGCCUGCCGUCCUCAUGACAGGUGACAGCAGCCCUCAAAGUCUAAGCAGGAGCAGCUAUGGCUCCAUCUCCAGCCCACCCAGCUCAGAGCCACAGAAAGAGCCUCUCAGAGCAACCUACCUGAGCGAGAAGAUCCUCAUCCCGGACACAGAACCGGGCACAUUCAGCCUGAGGAAGCUGUGGGCCUUCACGGGGCCUGGCUUCCUCAUGAGCAUCGCUUUCCUGGACCCGGGAAACAUCGAGUCAGAUCUUCAGGCUGGUGCCGUGGCUGGAUUCAAACUGCUCUGGGUGCUGCUGUGGGCCACGGUGUUGGGUUUGCUCUGCCAACGGCUUGCUGCCCGACUGGGUGUGGUGACAGGCAAGGACUUGGGCGAGGUCUGCCAUCUCUACUACCAUAAGGCGCCCCGCACUCUCCUCUGGCUGACCAUCGAGCUAGCCAUCGUGGGCUCGGACAUGCAGGAGGUCAUCGGCACGGCUAUCGCAUUCAGUCUGCUGUCAGCUGGACGAAUCCCACUCUGGGGUGGCGUCCUCAUCACCAUCGUGGACACUUUCUUCUUCCUCUUCCUUGACAACUACGGGUUGCGCAAGCUGGAAGCCUUUUUUGGAUUCCUUAUUACAGUUAUGGCCUUGACCUUCGGCUAUGAGUACGUGGUGGCCGGUCCAGCCCAGGUAGCGCUCCUCCGGGACCUGCUCCUGCCCUCGUGCUCCGGCUGCGGCAGUCCUGAGCUGCUGCAGGCCGUGGGCAUCGUUGGGGCCAUCAUCAUGCCCCACAACAUCUACCUGCACUCGGCCCUAGUCAAGUCUAGAGAGAUAGACCGGUCUCACCGGGCAGAUAUCCGAGAGGCCAACAUGUACUUCCUGAUUGAGGCCACCAUCGCCCUGUCUGUCUCCUUCUUCAUCAAUCUCUUUGUUGUGGCAGUCUUUGGACAGGCCUUCUACCAGCAAACCAACCAGGCUGCGUUCGACGUCUGUGCCAACAGCAGCCUCCACGACUACGCCAAGAUCUUCCCCCAAAACAACCUUACAGUGGAGGUGGACAUUUACCAAGGAGGCGUGAUCCUGGGCUGUCUCUUCGGCCCGGCUGCUCUCUACAUCUGGGCGGUGGGCCUCCUAGCGGCCGGACAGAGCUCCACCAUGACCGGCACCUACGCGGGACAGUUUGUGAUGGAGGGCUUCCUGAAGCUGCGCUGGUCACGCUUUGCCCGCGUGCUCCUCACUCGCUCCUGCGCCAUCCUGCCCACCGUGCUCGUGGCAGUCUUCAGGGACUUGAAAGACCUGUCAGGGCUCAACGACCUGCUUAACGUGCUGCAGAGCCUGCUGCUUCCCUUUGCUGUGCUGCCUAUCCUUACAUUCACCAGUAUGCCAGCCCUCAUGCAGGAGUUUGCCAACGGCCGCUCCAGGCUGGCUUUGGGCAGUGGAGACAAGGAGGAGGAGAUGGGACCAGGCCUGAGCUUCCCUCCCUUCCCCCAGGCUGAGCAAGGCCAUCACAUCCUCCAUCAUGGCGCUGAUCUGUGCCAUCAACCUCUACUUCGUGAUCAUCUACCUGCCCAGCCUCCCCCACCCUGCCUACUUCGUCCUUGUAGCCCUGCUGGCUGCGGUUUACCUGGGCCUCACCACCUACCUGGUCUGGACCUGUUUCCUUGCCCAAGGAGUCACCGUUCUGGCCCACAGCUCCCAUCAACACUUCUUGUAUGGGCUUCCUGAAGAGGAGGAGAAGGAGAGGAUCUCUGGGUGAUCUCCCACACAGGGCCUGGCUUGGGCGUGGAAUGAGUGGGGCAGACUGGCCUGCCCGGGUGUGUGUGUGUGUGUGUGGAGGCAACAAGAUGGAGUGGGAGUUUUGGAGGCAGGCCAACCAGGCUUCCAUAGAGACUUGCUGUUUCCCAGCUUGGACAAGUGAUUAAUCUCCAGUCUCAGUGUUCUCAUCUGUAGAAUGAGGACAACGCCAACCGUGUAAUGGAUGUAAAGCACUUUAACACAAUGCCAGGCACGUGGGACUUAAUAAUAAUAGUAACUCCAAAAAUAUUUAUUGUGGGCCUAUAGGAGUGACCUGACAAACGGACCCAUUUGGGGGCGGAACACAGGCAUCAAACUGGCAGUUACGAUGGUCUGAUUAGCUUGAUGAAUGCUCAAUAAAUGCUAGUCUACUUCUCAUCCAAAGGCACAGGAAAGUAGAAACAGGGAAAGGACAAAAUCCUUGGACCAGUAGAAGAGUCCUCCCCGGCCCCCCUCCCAUUCGAAUGUCAGUUCCUAGAGUAGCUUCAAACUAACCCACUUUCCAGGGAGUAAAACCAAGGCGCAGACUUCUCCUCUUCAGGCGCCAGGUCAUGGAACCCAAGAGUCGUGCCUCCGAGGCCCAAUUCAUUUGCCAUUUCCCCAGGGGACUGGGCGGCCGGGACUCCCACGCCACGCACUUAACGCUCCCUGGGUGCU